UGGUGGAAGAAGGGCAGUUUGGGAAAGUACACUCAAUGCUACGUAAAGGUACGUGUGAUACAGAGCUGGCAACGCACGAGCUGCAGCUCAUGUUUCUUGGAACAACAGGCUUCCGUUUUCCAUUCGCGCAUUUCCCUACACGAUGUUCUGAAGCUGCCACACUCUACACGAUUGCUUGGGAGGCAGUGCGGUGGCUUCUAAAAAGUAAUUUCAAGGUCAUCUACAUGUGCUUUGAUGGAGCUCAGAUCAAUAGAACAUUUGUCGAAAUGCAUUUCCACACAGCUGAUGAAGCUGUCAAGGCUAGAUUUACUAUGAACCCGGUCUCCACAGAACCAAUGGUUUUCUUGAUGGAUCCAUCUCACUUGAUCAAGAAACUGCGAAACAACAUCUAUGGGACCAUCACUGGCAAACGAUGUCUAAUAGUAGACAACAAGGUGAUCAGCUGGCACCAUAUUAGAGAUGCCUUUGAGUGGGACUUUGCUGCAAACAGCAAAAGAGAGCACCAUCACUUAACACAAGGUCACAUGUUCCUCGACUCUGCAUCCAAAAUGCGCAAUAGCCUCGCAUUGGAAGUGCUCAAUGAAGACAUGUUAAGUCUGCUAAAGAAGUACAGACAGGUGAUGAACCUUGGCACCACCAUAGAUGGCACCAUUU